AAAGAACAAGAACGUCAUUAUCAGUGUAAUUGAAGAGAGUGGGAAGCAGAGGCCAACGACUUUCUUAUCACAAGAGGAAAGGCAUCUUAGUUACUGUAAAGAAUUUCUGGUGGUUAUAUGGUUGGUUCUAGUGCUGGGUUAUCUUGAUUUAGACUGGUUGUGGACGUAGGUUAAAAUGCUAAUAAAAAUUAUUGUUGUGGUUAUUCUAGGUCUAGAACUAUGCACAGCCUGUGAUAUGGAUCAAACCAAACAAGGCUGUCGUAUCCAAAACAAAGCUUGCUCUUGCGGUUUCGGCUGCAUUUCAGAAUACCGCUAUGACACGAUGGCAGAGUGCCAAAACGCCCUUCGAGGCAAACGACGAGACAUAUGCAACCCCAACCCCUGUCUCCACGGUGGUUCGUGCAUACAGAUAUCCCAGCGGCCUAAAUACAAGUGUCGAUGCGAAGGAACUGGAUAUUUUGGUCUACGAUGUAGCAGAGGUAUCGUUAUCGAAAGAUAACCCUUGACACUGCACAACAAUCACAUGUCCGACGCCCGGAGUAGGUCCUGCCGACACCAUAUUCCCUUACGAAUGCAUAGUGAUAUGAAUGAGAGGACCAGUGUUGAAUUUACUCUACUUGCCAUGUACUUUGGCGUUUACGAAUAAAAGACGUUUUUUAAUAGUA